GUUUGAUAAUCGAAUAGAAACGAAAAAAAUGCUAUACGAAGAGAAUAAAAAAAUCCACGUGGACUUCGGCGAGGUAGAAACGGGCGCCACAACUAUCAAGUGUCUGGAGAUAGUUAACGAAAGUUGCAUCGAGCAAAUUUACGAGGCUCGAAGAGAUUCAUCUACCAAUCCGCUGGAUCACGUGUUUGAAUUAUGUAGCUACUCUUGGUCUUUACUUCCUCGCCAUGCGUACAAGUGCAAAAUAUACUAUCGACCAUUCAUGCCAUUCACUGUAAACGUAGAUUACUUUACGAUCGUGAAUUCAGCUGGCGAACGCGCGGAAAUCCAAGUCCGCGGAACGUGCAUUGGACCCGUGGUUUCCUCAUCCGUCACGAGAUUAGUCAUGAUGUGUAUAAACGAGAAUCGUGAGGUGAAAAAACGAAUUAGAUUUGUCAAUGAUUCGAAAGUCACGGCGACUUUCAUGUUUGACUCAUUUCGAAGGCCGUUUGAAGCAAAUCUGCGUCACGGACGCAUUGAGCCCAAUUCUCACAAAUUCGUAACAAUUACUUUUGCACCACGGGAAAACGGGAUCUACACGUGUCAUUUUCCAUGCUUAAUCCUGAAUCACAAACCGAUUAUCAUAGAAUUAUACGGCUACUGCACAGCGUUGCGUAAAACGAGCACACAGACCCGUUUUAAUUAUCCUACGAGAUUAAAAAAUGGCUUCGAAAGAUACACAAGCGAUACUGUUGUUGCCACGCAAAAUCUUCCUACGGUUUCUUCGUCAAAAAAUUGUAUCGACUUCGGUCAGGCCAAUAUAGAGGCGGAAAACGCUGAGCGAAAAAUUCCGGAAACCCUGUGUCUUACUAAUCACAGCCAGUCCAAUGUAUUAAUUAAAUGGGACCAAGAUGUUGAAGGAAUUUUCAAUAUAACACCCACUAGCAUGAGAAUACCGGCGAACCAGACGGCUCUGUUUGAAGUCGCGUUUAAUCCCAAUCGAACAAGCAGUUUCUUUGCAAGAGAUCUCGUUGGAGAUGUUUUUGUCAAGCCGCAAGAAGAUAGAGAAGAAACUCUGACAUUCCCUGCAAUCACAACCGUGCGGCUAAUAGGUCACUCCUUUCCCGUUUGCUCCGAUGGUUGGAUUCCUCAGUAUGAGAUACCUCACGUAGUUAAGAUGCCUCCUUGUGUACCUUCAUCGCCGACAUACGCCACAUUUCUAAUACGAAGAUACGGGCAUUUACCGUUGAUGUAUCGCUUUGUAUCGCCAGCAUCGAGUCACUUUGUUGUGAAGCCGAUGAUGGGCAUAAUUCAUCAAGAUUAUCAGAUCAUUGCAGUCUGCAUGUUACCCGGAAACGACGAUAAACGGGUUUAUAUGGAACGAUGGGCGAUACGUUUCAAUGGAAAUAUGAAAUCGGAAUGUUUCAUAGAUUUUCAGGGAUACACCGAAAAUGCGAAUGUCAGUUUUAGUAAUCAGAAUACCGUGAAUUUCGCAUCGACGUUUCCAGGCUGUCAAAGUCUGCAGCAGUUUUAUAUGCGAAACAUCACUCGACAUGUAAUAAAUUAUGAAUUCAUUAAUGUGACACCUGAACUUCAAAUACGAAAUGAAAAUGGCAAAAUUUACUCAAACGAUAUAAUUACUCACAAAUGGUUAUUUUGUCCUACAACACUUGGAGAUUACGAAUUUGACAUAAACUGUAUAUUGGCCGUACUGAAAGAUGGAACUCCCGUUGGCCCUAGCGUCUGCGUAACAUUACAUGUAACAGGAAAAUGCGAAUCUGGUGUUCUUGUGUCAGAGCCAGAUGAAUUAAAUUUUGAAAUUCAGGCAUACAAAGAUACGAAAGAAUUAAGUUUUCACGUAUUUAACUUGAGUCCCGUAAACAUCUAUUACAAAAUGACAUGUAUUCAUUGCAAUUGGCCAAUUGGAAAUUUAGAAUGUGAUGUAAAAAUACAUCCGACUGCGGACACUGUUGUUGCCGGGAAAGAUAAAAUCAUUACUGUUAUUAUCACACCUACUACUCCGGGAUUUUACGAAUUUUUUAUUCAGUAUUUUGUAAGGAUAAGCUCUGAUAUAAACACAGAUUUAAUUCCAAAUCAGAUUCCGAGGAACAUUUGUACAGUGCGCUGUUUAUGUGUAUUGCCUACUUUGAAGGUGACAGAUUUGCAAUGUUACGGAUUUUACCCAGACAUGAGCAAAGAUUUACUUUGGAAGCUGAUGAAAAUAAACAUGCUCAACAUAUUACUCGAAGAUUUGCAACCGGAGACAUCGGAAACGUUUUACAUAAAUUUUCCAGCAAUGAUUUUACAUAAUCCAAAGGUUAUUGUAAAAUUACUUCUAACAAACAUAGCUACAAUGAGUGCUUCGUGGAAUAUCAAAAAAGUGCAGCUCUGUUCUUGUCGGCCAGUUGUAAAUACUCAAGGCUGUCUCAAAUUUCAACGUGCAAAGUACAAUUGCUUGCAUAGGAAAGUGUGUUCUAUACAGCCAAAAACGGGAAAUCUUAAACCAAGAGAAGAGAUCUGGAUAACACUAGAGCUGCAUUAUUUAUUAUUAGGCCAGACCGAGACAAAGUGGGACUUAGAUCUCGGAGACAAUCGUCACAUUUUUUUCAUUAUGAUAAUUGAAUGUUUAUCUGAUUCUGAUAAUAAGCUCCAGCUUUUAAACGGCACACAUUUCAAAUUCCAACAAGUUUAUUUUGGAGAAAAAGAUCCUAUCUACGAGGUGUGUUGGGUGCAUAAUAGUACAAAUCACAGCAUCCCGUUUUCUAUAAAUCCAAGAACGAUGUACGAAAUAAAUCAGGAGUAUUGCUAUAAAGUUUUUUCCUGUGAGACUCCAUAUGCAAUCGCGAAUCCGCAAACUUCUGUUCCGAUCCUUUUAAAAUUUCAACCAAGGAAAUUCGGCAUAUUUAAAGGGAAAUUGCGUUUGACUUUGGGUGACAGAGAAGAAGAACUGACACUCGAAGGCGAAUCCUCCUUGCCAUAUAGACCAGAAACAAGUAGAGAAUAUAUUCCUUGCGAACAAAGCUUCGAAGAUCAAGAUAUUCCCAUAUACUUUAGUACUGACUGCAUAAAUGUUUCUCACAUAGCUACGCACAGCCAUGUAGUUAAGAUAAUCAUGAUACAUAAUAAUUUGAUGCACGACGUACUCGCCUACGAAUGGAAAAGACGUGAAAUAUCUGAAAUAAUUCAUGUGGAGAUUUAUCCGCUAAAAGGCUUAAUAAAGCCAAAAGCUGUCAAAAGCUUCCAUGUAACUAUAUAUACUAAAAGCUACCCUUGCAUGAUUGAUAUUAAUAUACCGUGCGAAUUUAUUAAUGCUAGUCAAAGGCGGAUCUAUCAACGAAGUGUAUACAUUCUCGAAGGCUUGUCUCAGGAACUGAAAGGACAGUUUACUAUUACGGAAAAAGGCAUUAGCGUUCCAGAAUUACCGGUAAAAAUCUUAGAAAAACCUCAGCCAUUUUACAAAGCCAUAACAAUUCGAUGUUCUAUCUAUAGCAUAGAAGACAAAUUUCUGAAAGUUAGUCUAAUGAAAGAAUUAACAAGUGCGCCGCCAAAAGGAAUAUGCAUUGAGGAAAAUGAGAGAACGAUGACAUUCAAGAAAAAAGAUAUUAGUCGGUCUUCGUUUAUUAUAGAAGGUCUACUAUGGGAAAUAAUCAACAGUAAAUUGUUCAGAGACAUAAUGCAAGAUACUUUAAGGGAAAAAUCAAAUUUAUUUUACUCACAAUUUAGAAUGAAUUUCUGCGAAAGAAAAAAACUGAUACAGAGAUCGUACAUUUUACCGCCGCGAGCGUUAAUUAAUCGUAUACUUGAAGAGAUGUUAUUCAUCAUAAUGCACGAAGAAUUCUCUUUAAAGACUGCACAUUUAAUUCAGCACACAGAUAUUAGACAUAUAGACUACUUGAACAUGGUACCUAGCACAAGAAGGAAAAAGUCAAUUAGACGAGAAACGACAUUGUUACAAGACAAAUCUCCUUCUAUGCCAAAAGUAGUAUCCUCAUCCAGAAUAUCCUUCGCCGUUUAAUCAUAUAUAACAGCCGGAA